UAUUUGUACCCAAACUUCAAAGGCUGGAUGUCAUUUUGAGAUUAAAAGCGCAUCAAAGUGCAAGAAAAUGCAUUUUACGUUGCUUCAGCUGUUUCUACUUCGAUCUAUAUACCAUGUAAUGACAGCAGAUGAAAGACAUGAACGUUGUUAUUUCCUCAAAAUAUGUACAUGUCGACAAAACCCAGUCACGCUGCUGUUUUCUGUCGAUUGUUCCAGAUUAGAGAUAAGAGAGAUUCCUAAACUUACAAAUAAAAUCGAAGAACUUUCGUUCAAGGAAAAUAAAAUACAAGUUAUUCCUGACCAGGCGUUUUCAGACAUGACUAACCUACUAAAACUGGAUCUUUCAAGCAAUGAGAUUCGCGUAUUUAGAAAUUUAUCUUUUACAGGAUUAACAAAUUUGCGCAGUCUGAAUUUACAGAACAAUAAACUGGAUGCAAGUAUAGCAAACUUGAACAUACACGUAUUGAAACCUUUAGAGAACUUGAUACAUCUAAAUAUAAAACAAAAUUUAUUUGGAAACUUUCAACCAAAUUUGACAUUAAUGGUUUCUCUUCGAUCACUUGAAAUGGAUUUCAUUUCAAAUGAUACAGGACAAAUAAGUGAAUCGUUUUAUUCUAUGAAAAGAUUACGGGAACUUGACUUGUCAGGAUUGACGGGAAAUUGCGCCGUUCGAUCGUUAACCAAUGAAAGCUUUAAAUACAUUCCUCAAAUUGAAAAUUUGAGUAUUUCUGAUUGUCGUAUUAAACAUAUUAACAAAGGUACUUUCCGAUACCUUAAAAGCAUUUCUGUUUUGGAUAUUUCAAAUAACACCUGCUUAAAAUUUGAAGUCUUGGAGAAUGUAACAUAUGAUCUGCAAUUUUCUUCAAUCAAAGUUUUAAAAUUCAAUAAAAUCCAUAAGGUGUUUGACAUGAAUACAAUGCUCAGAACAUCUCAAAUAAAGUAUUUGACUAAUACAACCAUUCAAGAAAUUCAUGGGGACAGUAAUCGACUGCAGCAGAUCGAAAUCAGAGCUAUGUUGUUUAUGCCCAACACACUUGACUACGUUUCAGCCAGGGAUAACCAGUUUUCAUACGGUCCCUACUUUUGGGAUUUACUACGCAUUUCCGUGAAAACGUUUAAUGUUUCACAUAUGUUCACAUUUCAUACAGAGGACGAACAUCCUGAACAAUGUAGUUAUGAUAUUGUAUGUAAGAAAGAACCCGUCACUGAAACAAAAGUGAAAUAUGGUAUGGAGUAUAAUGAUCAAACAUUUCAAGCUAUACCGCUGCUGCCAAUUCCCCAUCAACUUACAUCACUGAAUUAUUCUUCUUGUCAUUUACAUUACAGUUUAUUAUCAUACAAUUUAACAAACAAUAUUCUGCGAAAUGUUGACCUAAGUAAUAACUUGCUCACAUCAUGGAUCGGACCAAUUUAUAAUGUUAAAAGUCUUAAAUAUCUCGACUUGUCAUCAAACUUUUGUUCAAAUGUGUCAAAUUAUUUCUUCAGUGAAGAUUUCGGUAGCUUGGAAGAAUUAUAUUUACAAAAUAAUAUAUUAGGACUUGUACUACCGUAUGAUUAUAAAGGCGCAACAUUACAAAAUUUGCAUAAUUUGAAAACAAUAAAUUUAUCUCAAAAUAAAAUACAAAGAUUAUCAAAAGAUUUUUUCAAGUCUCAGUUAAAAAUUGAAAGGAUUGAUCUAAGCGAAAAUACUUUUGAAAGUAUUGAUUUUGAUAUCGGUCAUUUGAAAAGUCUGAAAUAUCUCAAUUUGAAAAAUAAUCGCAUUUCGUUUUUAUCUGCUUCGGCAAUACAACAACUAGAUUCCAUUGACAUUUUAAACCAAAGUUUCAGAAUUGAUCUAAGUCAGAAUGAUUUUCUUUGUACUUGUGAAACAAUUAACUUUGUGCAAUGGUUAGUUACGACAACUGUCGGGCUAAUAGGAAAGAAGAACUACACAUGUCAACUUUCAGACUUAACAUUAGUGCCGAUAGAAAAUAUUGAUAAACUGUACGAUACACUUUCAAAGGAUUGCAUGUCAAAAAUUCCUAUUAUUGUUGCACUUGUAGCGUCAGUGUCUUCUGUUUUGAUAAUCAUAUGUAGUGGAUUAAUCUAUCGAUAUCGAUGGAAAUUGCGAUAUGCGUAUUACAUGAUAAAAAUACAAUCUCAUAAAAAGAUGGUCCCAGUUGAAAACGAUGAUGAUAAAUCGUAUAUGUAUGGAGCCUUUGUAUCUUAUGCAGAUGAGGAUAGCACCUUUGUCCACAAACAAUUACUUACAAAACUGGAAAAAGAAAAUGGAAUCAUAUUGUGUUUACAUAAAAGGAAUUUUCUACCAGGUAAUGACAUCGCCACUAACAUUACUUCCGCUAUACACAAUAGUCGUAGAACAAUUAUAAUCAUGUCUCGAAAUUUCCUGAAGUCGUAUUGGUGCAUGUUUGAAUAUAAUAUGGCUAGAAUGGAGAGUAUCUACGAAAGAAGUCACGAAAACGUGCUUUUUCUUAUUUUUAUAGACCAGAUUACAUCUAAAGAACUGCCAUUACACAUCUUGGAACUGGUACAAUCACAAUCGUAUAUUGAAUAUCCCAACGAUGAAUAUGGUGAUACUGUUUUCUGGAACCAGAUUACACAAGUACUCACGUCCUGACUCUUUAUACUAACUUUGUUCAACUCAUAAAAUAAGACUGCGAAAUUUGUGUAAAUUGUAUUCAUAUUUAAUAAACUACUAUAAAUAGUA